CGUCACCGACACCCUUUCCGAGGCUCGGAUUAAAGAUGGCGCCCUCUCAUGUGUUAAAGUGCUGUCAGCGGGGCUUAGCCUGGAUACCUGUGAUUUUUAUCAACGCGAUCGUGUGCUGGUCCUACUACGCGUACGUGGUGGAGCUCUGUAUAUACACAAUCUCCAAAACAGAGGAGCAAGUUAUUUAUCUGUUAGUGUUUCACGUCUUUUUCUUCAUGUUCAUAUGGUCCUACUGGAAGACCAUCAUUUCCAAGCCUGUCGGCCCCUCGAAAGAGUUCUGUCUCCCUAAAGUGGACAAAGAGCUCUACGAGAAAGAGGAGAAUGCAGAGGCCCAGCAGGAAAUCCUGAAGAGAGUGGCCAGAAAUUUACCCAUAUAUACACGCACAGGAUCUGGGGCUAUCCGGUACUGUGACUGCUGUCAGUUGAUCAAACCGGACCGAUGUCAUCACUGCUCGACCUGUGACAGAUGCGUGCUGAAAAUGGAUCACCACUGUCCAUGGGUUAAUAACUGUGUUGGAUUCUCCAACUAUAAAUUCUUUGUGCUGUUCCUGGUGUACUCUAUGCUGUACUGCGUCUACACUGCUGCCACUGUUUUGCAGUAUUUUAUCAAGUUCUGGACACUUUGCAGACGGAGGGCUAUAGAGCAUUGCCCGGAGAAUCACCUGCCAGACACUCAUGCAAAGUUCCACGUGCUGUUCCUGUUCUUCGUGGCAGCCAUGUUCUUCAUCAGUGUCCUGUCACUCUUCAGCUACCACCUGUGGCUCGUGGGAAAAAACAGAACCACUAUAGAGGCGUUCAGGGCACCAGUGUUCAGAAAUGGCCCAGAUAAAAAUGGCUUCACUCUGGGAUUCCGCAAGAAUGUCACCCAGGUGUUCGGAGACCAGAAGAAAUUUUGGUUCUUGCCCAUUUACAGCAGUUUGGGAGAUGGCUACACGUUCCCUACCCGCCUAGUCAACAAAGACUCAGAGCAAGGCAAUGUUGAACACCAGGCCAUUAAAUGCACUGUUGAUGGACAGACAAACCCCAGACCUCUGAGUGAGUCACAGAACCAUCUCCUAACCAAUGAUAUUCACUCUGAGAAGCAGAAAGACCAAAGCCCGACCAACAUCGAGGUGUGUCAGCCUGUUUCAAUUACUAUGGUGAAUGAGUCCUAAUCAGGACUUUGGCAUGGCACCAGGAUUUUUUCUCAUUUAUGAGUACUGUUGUCACGAGACCUCAUGUGAAAGCACACAACCCUCAAGAUAUCAUGCCUUAUAUGGAAAUGACCUGCAGUGCAUAGCUGUGGUGGAUGUAUUUACCUGUGCUCAUAUCCGCACAAACUCUCAAGCUCUUCACACCAAACAAGUCUUUCGUUUUAUGAUGGUCUCCAACCAUGCACAUUUAUUUGACCAAAAUACCCUAAAAUGACCUUCAGGUUGUUCUGUCCAAUGUAAAAUGUAUUUAUACUGGUUUUUCUCUGGGACUGCUUUAUUUUUGUAGACCUGGCAGGUGUUUCUACCCAAGAUGCACUUUUGUCACCAAGGAUCGGUGUGGAAUGCUUUGCAGAUGUUUACAGAUCUGAAUGAACAGAUCUGCAAUACACUGUAUAAAGUGUAUUGCAGUAUUUGAUUAGAUUGUGUUCUUCAAAUGAGAUACAUUUCACUUCACAGCAGUGUAAAACCUGAGCUAAUGUACCUUAGGAGUUUCUCAAGUAUUUUGUUAAAUAAUAAUUCAGAAGAAAGUGCAAUGAGGUAUUUAAUACUUUCUAUAUCUUUACAUUAAUGUAAUAUUUGUUGAAAACUCUAUUUAGUAUUCGGUGAUAGCAAACAACUUUGACACCUCUACCCAUUCAUUGACACUAUUUUUCUAUUUUUCAUUGCAUUUAAAUGUUUUCACCUUUUCCAAACCUCAUUCCCCAUAUUAUUAAUCUAUCAUCUUGUGCCUUUAAAUGAGGAUUAAAUUUAGCAGCAGAUGGUGAAUUGUGACAUUAAAGCACACUUAAGAUUCCCAGGUUGUGUACUAUACGCAGAUCAGUUGAUUAUUAUAGAAGGAUCUCAGGCCAAGAUGUUAAACUUACCACCUGCAUCAAAUAUGGCAAAAUGAAUAUAGCAAAUAGUUUCAGUGGAGUUUUGACAUGCAUUCCUCAAUUUAAGUUUUUAUUCCACAUGAACAUAUAAUGAUGUGCAGUUUAUAGUUUUGUUGCGUGAGGUCUGUUUACAGCUGCACUGGAGGACUCUGACCUCACAAGGAAGCUCUUGUGUGACUGAAAUACAUGCAUUCUUUGAGCAAGAUACGUGGUAAUAUUUUAAAGUCUCUAAAACUCAUCAUUUCGGAGUUGAUGCUCACAGAAGUCAAUGAAUAAUGUUUUUUAUUUUGGUUUUAUAGAAUUUUCAAUUAAUGUUAUUGCAUGUUAAUGUGAAAAGCAAUGAAGGGGCGAUGAUUUACUGCUUUAAUGGUGCCUUCUAUAGCAGAACUUGAACUGAUGUAACCAUAACAACAUAAUACUGAAAUCUGCCAUGCAUGUAAAAAAUAAUUCCUGAUGGCUGCUGCAUCUGCUGGAAGUCAUGUGCUAUUUGUCUGAGGAUACGAUUGUCUUUAUGAACAUUUCUACAGCCAAGGACAGCGAUUAUGCCAAAUAGAAAUCAUUUAAAUAUCAAUGAACUCACUAAUCACUUACUCCCUCAUGAAUAUGUAAUGUUACUGGAAUUUGAAUACCAAACAUAUGUAGGACCAAUUUCUUUUUCUGAUUUUCAUUAUCUUUUUACGGGUGAGGGAAAGAGUGUACAGAAUUUUCAUCUUUUUUUUUGUACUUACCCUGCAGGCCAGUUUGGUUCAUGAUGUUAUAUUUUAAGAUGUUUCUGAUGUCUGAACAGUUUGCACAGAUUUUCCUUCCUAAUUCAAUGUAAUGUUUGUACUUUGCAGAUUAAACAAGUAUUCAAUGUAUGCAUUAUAGUAUUAAGACUUAAUAAAACAUUCGGCACUC